GGAGACUGGACUGCUUCAGAAACAUCACACCCAAGUCGAGCGUCCUUUCACUUCUUUUCGGUGCUAGCUGGGCUACUUCUGGCUCGCCAAUCAAGGUGCAAAGGAGCGCCGAGGAAUGGGGGAGUAACUUUUACGGCGACUUUUAUCACUGUCUUCGCUACAUCUGAGCCAGGGGGUUGAGGGGGUGGGGGUUUACAACCAGAGGGAGGUGGACCCACGCACACUCACUUGCCCGCUCAGUCACUCACUUACUGCCCGGUCUUUUGUAUCCUAACCCGCCGCUCCAUGACGGAACAUCUCUUUGGACUUCCACGGGGGAUGAAGCGGGCGUAGAGGUGGAGUAAAACAAACGUACACGUCUUCGAGACUACCGCCGAGCUCCAGCCGUUUGUCUCUCCGAGGGUGCGUUUGGAUUUGAAACCGAAAGGUACCGCCGUUGCUCGGUGCGCCACAGCCGCGCGGAGCCCCUCUUUCCCCUCGCACAUCAUGGAUGUACGUUUUUAUCCCAAUGCCGGUGGAAAUUCUAUUCCCGGAGAGCCGCCUAACCUGGAUUUCGCCCAUUGUUUGGGCUACUACAACUUUAACAAGUUCCAAAACAACAACAACUACAUGAACAUGUCGGAAGCUAGCGGCACCCUGCUGAAUGCUGGUGAUACAUUUCACACCCCAAGUCUGGGCGAUGAGGAGUUCGAGAUCCCUCCCAUUACGCCGCCACCCGAAAUGGAACCGGGUUUUGGUCUUUCGGACGGAGAAUCGCCUUUCCCGUCAAUGCCGGAGCCUCCGGUCCAGCACAGAGGUUCCUUCAUCCCUCAGUUCCCACCUCAGAGUCUGGAUCUGCCCUCCAUCACCAUCUCACGCAACAUGAUGGACCAGGAAGGGAUGACUCUCAGCAACGGACAACCGGCGAGCGUCGGAGCGGCCCACCUCCGCCAGUACACGGCCAACCCGGCCAUGCUGAUGAAGUCCAUCGCCAACAUGAGCGGCCCCAACGGCUUGAUCUCGCGGAGUCAGCUGACCACCAUCAACCAGUCGCACCUCAACGCGCAGCUGAACCUGAGCAUGGGCGGACACAGCAUCACCCACACCUCGCCGUCGCCGCCUGCCAGCAAGUCGGCCACGCCGUCGCCUUCCAGCUCUAUCAACGAAGACGAACAGGACGACGGCCACAGGGUGGUCGGCGAAAAGCGUCCGGCGCCCGUGGAUCCCACCAAGAAGCCCAAGACUCCCAAGAAGAAGAAGAAAAAAGACCCCAACGAGCCCCAGAAGCCGGUGUCGGCUUACGCGCUGUUCUUCCGAGACACUCAGGCCGCCAUCAAGGGCCAGAACCCCAACGCCACCUUUGGGGAAGUGUCCAAGAUAGUGGCGUCCAUGUGGGACGGUCUCGGGGAGGAGCAGAAGCAGGUGUAUAAAAGCAAAACAGAAGCAGCCAAGAAAGAAUAUUUGAAGGCCCUGGCAGCGUACCGUGCGAGUCUGGUUUCCAAGGCUGCGGCCGAAUCAGCGGAGGCGCAGACCAUUCGCUCGGUGCAGCAGACCCUGGCCUCCACCAGCCUCUCCCCGGGCCUGGUGAUGCCCUCGCCCCUCAGCCAGCACCCCUCCAUGCCCUCCGCUUCCCAGGCUCUCCAGCAAGCUCUCCCCCGGGCCAUCGCCCCCAAGCCCUUGCAGAUGAGACUCGGGGGCAACCAGAUCGUCACCUCGGUCACCGUCUCCCACCAGAACAUGCCCCCCGGCAUGCCGCCGCAGAUGCUCGGCCAGAUGGGGGCGGGGGCUCAGUCCACGGCGGUGUCGCAGAUGAGCCCGCCCAUGCAGCAGCAGCACGCCAUGCAGCAUCAGAUGCACCUGCAGCACCAGCAGAUGCAGCAGCAGCAGCUGCAUCACCAGCAGAUCCAGCAGCAGAUGCAGCAUCAGCACUUCCAGCAUCACCUACAGCAGCAGCUGCAGCAACACCACAUGCAGCAGCAGCAGCAGCAGCAGCAGCAGAUGCAGAUGCAGCACAUGCAGAUGCAGCAUCACAUGCAUCAGCAGCAAAUCCAGCAUCUCCAGCAAUCCCAGUGUUCCCCGCCACAACACUCCCCCGGCACGCCACAUUCCACCGCCUCGCUCGGAAGCCCCCAGCCGGCCUCGCAGCAGCAGCAACAGCAGCAGCAGCAGCAGCAACAGCAGCAGCAGCAGCAGCAGCACCCCUCCCAAAUCCAGGCCCACGCCCAGGUCCUCUCGCAAGUCAGCAUUUUCUGAGCUCGACUCCUUCAUCAAAGAACAGUUUGAUUAAAAAAAAAAAAAAAAAAGCAGCACUUCCAGGUUGCUUUUUUUCCAACGUUGCACUUAAGAAGUGUGUCAGAAUGUUAUAGAAAGAACUGUCCAUUGUUAUAGACGGAUAUGUACAGGGAAAGGGGGGGGGGCGGUGUUUACCUAAUUAUUUGUGACGUCUCGCAGCUGUCAACGACUGUCUGUCGCUGUUUUAUUUAACGAUAAAGCUUUAUUUAAGAAAAAAAAAAGGGGACAAAAAGACAGACUCAAUUGGACGGAUCGUUCGCCAUGUGCCCAUGUCGUCAACUUGUAGCUGUGAUCUGCUGUACCUGUUAUGUAGAGGCGGGGCUAGAGUAGAGGCGGGGCUACAGACAAGCGCCGACGUCCUCUUUUUCGGCAACCAUUAAAUUAUGUUGUUUUUUUUUACCAUUCAUUUUUUUUUUUUUCAAGACGGGGGACGCUUUGGAGAGUGGUGUAUUUUUAACCAUAGAGGGGGAAAGGAAAAAAAAAAUCGAGAUAAAGCGCAGCCAAGUCUGCAGCAAUGCCAAAGCCAACUAAAAAAAUAAAAAAUAAAGAGGCAUUGGAGUUAUUUUUUGCCAGCUGUACAGAAGUAACCCUAAAGAAAGGAGGAAAAAAAAAAAAGAAGAAAUGUUGUACAUUUUUCAUAUCACUUGUUGUAAAGUUUUAAUAUGUGAGGCUUUAAUGAGAACCUUGUUGAGAACCAUUGACCUGUGGAUUGCUAAACAGUAUAUAUCACAUAGUGCUUUUUUCUGCUCUUUUUCUACCUUUUUUUUUUUUUAUGAGUUCCAAUAGCAAACAAUCACUCCUUUCUUUGUGUCCAUGUCGCCGUGCAGGAGAAGAGUCGACAAACGUCACGUUUGGACCCCAGAGACAUUCCACUUCACUAAUAUGACGCUAGCCAUAAUUUUGUAUGAAGUAUUAUAUAUUUCUGUGUGUUCAGAAUGAUUAAACUAUCAAUUGCAAAAUA